AACCGCGUGACAUGUGCACUACACGUUCGAGUUUCGAUUUCCAACAUUUAAUUUUCUUAUAAAUACUUUGAGGAAUAUUUGAUAAUUUAUUUGCUUCAGUUUAUUUUUUGGUCAUUACGGCAUGGCUCACAUUGGGAACGUUACUGCAGAUCAAUUAAUAGCUGGUAGUAGUGUAUUGUCUAGGCCUGCAGAAGAAUUUGACAAUGAUCCCUCUGUAGAAGCAAUGUGGGCAAUGAAAGCCAUGGAACAUGCUGAAGUUUAUUUUAAUAUUUUAUGUUCAGUUGAUCCUAAAUUUUUGAAACUUACACCUCAUGAUGAACAAAUAUAUAAAACCUUUCGUGAUGCUUUUCCUGAUCUCAAAGUAGAUAAAAUAAAUGAAGAUGAAUUAAAAUCACCUGAAGGAAAGAUGAAAUGGAGACCGUUCUGUGAACAAUUUAAGGGUCUUGUUGAAGAUUAUAGUUUUGGUACAUUGUUAAGAGCAGACUGCGAAGGAGAUUACUCAGAAGAAAACAGUAUACUCACAACUAGAAUACAAUUUUAUGCCAUUGAACUUGCCAGAAAUAGAGAAGGAUUCAAUGAUGGUAUUAGACAAAAGUACAAACCAAAGCAGACUACAGAAAAAUCAUAAAUUGAUAAUUAUAAUAUUCUGAUAUUAUGUGUUAAUUACUUGGAUAGCGUGUAAUUUUUCAUCUACAAUUUUUUAUAACUUGAAUAUAUAAGAUACUACAAAAUGUUAUUUAUAAUAAGCAGUGUCAUGAAAUAAAUGAGUUUAAGAAAAAUA